GGCUGUUCGGAUUUCGGUCGUUUCGCCGCCAUGUUCCGCCUCAUGAUAAGCCAGGCUAAGAAGCAUCCAAGCUUGAUUCCUCUCUUCUUGUUUAUUGGCGCUGGAGGAACUGGUGCAGCGUUGUACAUCAUGCGUCUGGCUCUUUUCAAUCCUGAUGUCUGUUGGGACAAGAAGAAUAACCCAGAGCCUUGGAACAAGCUGGGACCCAAUGACCAGUACAAGUUUGUUGCAGUUAACAUGGACUACAAAAAGCUGAAAAAAGAAGGCCCAGACUACUAAAGAAUAAACCCUACUCCCUUACAAGCUGCACAAAGUGAA